AUGGACAAGCCAGGACCUAGUAAAAAACGUAAGGUUAAAGAUAAAAAUCGGCAGUUUCAAGAAAUUUGGACUGAGAAAUACUUUUUUGUAUGGUCGCAUAACAAAGUCGUUUGUUUAAUUUGCAAGAAUUCUGUUGCGAUUGCAAAGGAAUAUAAUGUGAUAAGGCACUAUGAAACGCAGCAUCCUACUUUUACCAAGUUUACAGGCGAAUUAAGAAAGCAAAAAAUGUUGUCUCUAAAACGGGAGCUUAUUGGUCAGCAAGCUAUGUUUACCAAAUCAAUUCAAGAUUCAGAAACAGCUACAGAAGUUAGUUAUGAAAUUUCUCGAAUGAUAGCAAAGCAAAGUCGCCCCUUCAAUGAUGGAGAUUUUGUAAAAGAAUGCAUAGAAAUUGCCGCUAAGAAAAUGUGCCCAGAAGCAGCAAAAAAGUUUGAGAAAAUUCAACUGAAUCGUAUGACUAUCCAAAGACGAAUUAUGUCUUUGUCAGCACUCGACGAAUCCACUGAUAUUAGUUCCACAGCUCAACUUCACAUAUUCAUACGAGGUGUUACUCAAGAUUUUGAAGUCUUAGAAGAGUUAUUAGGAAUGUGUUCAUUGAAAGGUCAAACCAGAGAAGUUGAUAUACUUAAUGUACUUUUGGAUGAGUGUUCAAAAACUAAUUUGGACUUAUCAAAAUUAUCGGGAGUUGCGACUGACGGUGCUCCUUCGAUGAUUGGUGUUAAUUCUGGGCUAGUUACUUUGCUGGAAAAGCAUCUGCAAGAAAAAAACAUAAACGCUGAAGAUCUCAUGCAGUUUCACUGCAUUAUACACCAAGAAGCCCUCUGUUCUAAAAAAAUUGAAUUUCAAAAAGUCAUGAAAGUGGUAGUUUCGACUGUAAAUUUCAUAAAAUCACGAGGACUCAAUCACAGGCAAUUCAAACAAUUCCUUGAUAACAUCGAAAGCGAAUAUGGAGAUUUACUGUAUUAUACAGAAUUGACAUUACAAAUCAUUUGA